ACGUCCCAAAUACGGACCCUACAUCCCUUUGCUGCGCAUCAUUUCUCCACCAAAGCUUUUGUUAAACUGUGUUAACAUCAUGGGCAGAUCACCUUGCUGUGAGAAAACUGGGCUAAAAAAAGGGCCAUGGACACCGGAGGAAGAUCAGAAAUUGAUCGAUUACAUCCAAAAACAUGGUUAUGGCAAUUGGAGAACAUUACCAAAGAAUGCAGGGCUUCAACGGUGUGGAAAGAGUUGUCGUCUCCGAUGGACUAAUUACUUGAGGCCUGAUGUCAAGAGAGGGAGGUUUUCUUACGAGGAGGAAGAAACUAUUAUUAUUCAGCUCCACAGUGUAUUGGGCAACAAGUGGUCUUCCAUAGCUGCUCGGUUGCCCGGGAGAACAGACAACGAAAUAAAGAACUACUGGAACACACACAUUCGGAAAAGGCUUCUCCGAAUGGGGAUCGAUCCGGUGACACAUAAUCCACGGCUCGAUCUUCUUGACCUUUCCUCGAUCUUAAGUUCUUCUCUUUACAACAAGUCUCAGAUGAACAUGGCGAGGUUACUCGGAGCUCAAUCUUUUGUUAACCCUGAGAUUCUAAGGCUAGCCAGUUCUCUCAUCUCAUCUCAACGUGAAAACCAAAACCCAGAUUUUGUUUUUCAAGAUAUUGAAGAAAGCCAAGUCCAAAACCAAUAUAAUCCGCCAUUGAUGCAGGGCCAAGGAAUCCCACCAGCUCCAUUUUCAAAUAACGAAGUACAGUUGAUGAUAAACCCUAACGUAGACCAGUUCCAAUCAAACGUUGCCGACUUCAGCAGCUGGCAACAAGAUUUGACUGAAGAUUACGUGCCGUUACCGGCAAACUACAACAAUUAUUACGUAUCCGACCCGAGCUUCAGCUUUGCGUCGGUUCUAUCGACGCAUUCUUCGAGUCCGACACCAUUGAAUUCGAAUUCAACGUACUUUAACAGUAGCAGCACUGAAGACGAAAGAGAAAGCUAUAGCAGUAACAUUUACAAGUUUGAUCAGAUCCCAUAUUUUUGAUCAGAUU